CGGAAGCCACAUUGCUUCAGUGUCCGCAACAACAUCAUGUGCAAGCUUCUGGUGUUGCUCUUGGCCGUGGCGGCGGCGGCGGCGUUUGUGACGGUGGCGGAUGCAGAGACGGCGGACAUCGGUCAUGGGAUGCAGAUCCUUGGCAAAAUCGUCAGACAAUAUCUUAACUCGCAACCAGACGAUGUUAAGAUUAGCGAUGGAGUGCAUCUGGUCAGUGUAAGGAGCGAAAACGACGCAAGGGCUAACACCGAUGACAAGACUGUUCUUGGAGCCGUUGAAAACUACCUACAGAACCAUGAACUCAGGAUCAGGCUACCAGAACUCAUGCCUGGAGAAGGAUUUGGAAGGGCUUUCAAGGACGCCUUGGACAACAUUGAAGGCAACGACGCAGGAUCUCCUCGUGGAGGCGGUGGUGGCGGCGGCGGCGGUGGCGGCGGCAAAAAAGGCGGCGGCGGUAUGGGUGGUAUUCUCAUCAUGGGUUUGAUGAUGGGGAAAAUGAUGGCUGCAAUCGGUCUCGGUGGUGUCGGUCUUUUGGCAAUGAAAGCUUUGAUGGUAUCCGCAUUGGCCUUGAUGUUGUCCAUCAUUAUCGGUUUGAAGAAAUUAGUUCAUUCGGGACAUGAUGAAGGUGGUCAUACUGUCAUCCAUGCCACUCAUGGCGGCCAUGGUCAUGAGUACAGGAAGAAGAGAGAAGCAGCCGAUAUGGCCUACAGAGCCUGGAAUGCUUACAAUGCCAGCUAAAGUGGAAGUGCUCUUUUGACUAUUUAUUUAGUUUGAGUGAAUCGAAUGGUGACCGAUGGAUUUCGGAGUUACUCUUCAUUUUCUGCUUUCUUUAGGAUUUUCUUCUAGUUUAUAUUUCUAUAGGAGUAACUUUGGGAUAGCUAAGAUUUACAUUAUUUGUAAGUCUUGAGUCACCAGGUUUACAAUUUUUACCGCUCAGUGCUAUUUAUUUAAUUUAUGUUUUGUUAAUUAUUGGUCGAAUAAAGACCUGAAUCAUAA